AUGACUACAAAAUACGAAUACCAUUCGGGCUUCAUGGAAGAGGCUCUCGAACAGGCAGAACUGUCGCUCAACAAUAACGAGGUGCCUGUGGGAUGCGUGUUUGUGCACAAUGGCAAGGUGAUUGCCAGAGGCAUGAAUGACACAAACAAGAGUCUGUGUGGAACCCGCCACGCCGAGUUUCUGGGUAUCGAGCACAUUCUCAAGACACACACGGCCGAUAUCUUUGAAGAGGUCGAUCUCUACGUCACAGUGGAGCCGUGUAUCAUGUGUGCAUCUGCUCUGAGACAGCUCAAAAUCAAGUGCGUGUACUAUGGAUGUGCAAACGACCGGUUUGGCGGCUGUGGAAGCGUCAUGAGCAUUCACUCGGACAAGGGAGUCGACCCUACCUACAAGGCAUACCCCGGAUUCUACCGUGAAGAGGCCAUCAUGUUGUUGAGACGGUUCUAUUGCCAGGAGAACGAAAAUGCCCCUACCGAGAAGAAGGAGAACAAGAAACAACGAGAACUGAAGACGGCCUUUCAACCGUUUGAUUUCACCAAAUAUGUGCAUUCGGAGGAGGAGUUUGUCGAGGUUUACGGCGAGGAAUAUUUGCAUCUAUACCAGGAGAGUCUGAAGGAAAAGCUCAAGGAGACUGGCAAGGGAGAGAAGAAGAGAAAAACCAAAAAGUAG